AUGGGUGAUUUAACUGAGGAGUUAGAGAAUUUGGAUCUGGGAGCGGAGGAGGAAGUUCUUCAACUUGAUAAUACGACAACAACUUCAUUGAUCUCUUUUGAGAACUGUUUAAAGGAUGAAAAUUCACAGUUGGUAGAUCUUAACUUAGUGGGAUUUUGGGUAUUGUCAAAUGACGUGCCAGUCGGUUUUAUUUCCGAGCAGGUUGCGAAGCAGUUGGGCAAUUUCAUCGGGGUUUUUAUAGAGUUUGAUGCGAAAGCAGUUACAUUGGGAUAUAAGGGAAGUCUGCAAUUCUGUGUGUUAUUAGAUGUUCGAAAGCCAUUGAAAAAGAAAAAGAAGAUAGCUUUGCCGAACGAAGGUUUCUAUUAUGUCAAAUUUCAGUAUGAGAAGUUAAGGGUGCUUUGUUUCCUUUGUGGGAAGUUGGGUCAUGGAGAAGGGUCAUGUCUGUUACGAGUGCUACGACCGAAGCAGGAGUUGAUUCCACAAUGGGAUAUAUCCCUGAGGGCUCUACCGAGACACAUGAAUUAUUCACCUAUUCCAUGGCUACAGGAUGAUAACGGGCAGAAGAAUAAGGAUAAUAAUAAUUUGGAGGGGGUUAAUGCUGGUUUGAAUAGUGGCUUAGCGAGGGGAAAUAACAAAGUUAUGGAUUGA